GUUGAGCUUUCACAAUAUUCAAUACUGCGCCUCUCUCUCUCCGUAAGUCUCUCUCUCCCUCUCUCUCUCUCUCGAUUCUCUCCCUCCCUCUCUCCCUCCCCAGAAGUCAUGGCUGAGUGCCUGACCCCAAUCGCAUGUUCGAGAAGCUAAUUUUGCUUGGGUGAAGAAAGUUUGUUCUCUUUGCGCGUGUCCCGUUCUCUUCUCCAAUCCUCCACACUCAAGAAAGGAAAAACAAAACCCUAAUAUUUUUAACCUUACCGGGUCUAUCUAUACAUAUAUAUUAUCGUCAUACAAGAAAUGGAGGUUAAGCUAUGGAACGACAAGCGCGAGAGAGAAAUGUACGAGAACUUUGCUGAGCUUUAUGCAAUAAUUAAGGCCACUGAGAAGCUUGAGAAGGCAUAUGUCCGCGAUAUAAUAUCCUCAUCUGAGUAUGAGAUCGAAUGCCAUAAACUCAUUGCCCAUUUUAAGACCUUGGCUUCUACACUCAAAGAUACUGUCCCGAGCAUUGAGAGGUUUGCGGAUACUUAUAAAAUGGAUUGCCCAGCAGCUAUAAACCGCCUGGUUAUCUCUGGAGUUCCUGCCACAGUGGAGCAUAGAUCUGCUGCGGCUGGCUCAACAACCAACUCAGCUGCCAUUGUGGCAGAGUGUGUUCAGAAUUUCAUUACUGCGAUGGACUCGCUGAAGUUGAAUAUGGUGGCAGUUGAUCAGGUGCACCCGCUGCUGUCAGACCUUUCUGCUUCACUUAAUAAGUUGGCUAUUUUACCACCGGACUUUGAAGGGAAGACAAAGAUGAAGGAUUGGAUUGCCAGGCUGUCAAAGAUGGGGGCAGCAGAUGAGUUGACGGAGCAGCAGGCUCGGCAGCUCCAUUUCGAUCUGGAGUCUUCCUACAAUUCGUUCAUGGCUGCUUUGCCCAAUGAUGGUACCUGAUUGAUUUUUAGAAAGCAUGUAUAUAAGGGGAUGUUCUCUUUGUUUUGAUGAUUACAUAAUGUAUUUUGUGCUUUUAAGCUACUUCAUCGUGGUAGAUCCUUGGCAAUGAUUGGAAGAGGUUACAUAUUUGUGACCACUUAUAUAUUUGGGGAUGACUGUCUAGGUGGUCUGAAUAUUGAUCCGUGCACUAAAGAUAUGGUUUUCAUAUAUUCAAUGUGAAUGUACUCAAAUGUGUUGUUGUUUGUUUGUAA